UGUGUAAGUGUUAUUGAAGCGUUUGGCCUAGUAGAUUGUAUAUCAGUAUACCCUUCCAGGCGAUACUGCCGAAACGUCAUAAAUGUAUGCUGUUUAAAAACCUCGCGAUUGCUGAACAAGAAAACGACACAUUCAUAUUCCAAUGCCGAGGUUAAGAGAAAGUCGAUCCUGGGAACUAUUACAAGAAUUGAUAUAGUUGCAUAUUUCAAUGAGGUCUCUCAAUACUGGGAACUCUGUCCUUUAUUGUUUGUCCCGAUGCCUAAGGCGACAGUGGAUCGUUCUCGAAUUCGGCUGGGCUACUACGUUUUCACGACGUUCGGCAAGUUGUUGGAUGACAGUGACGGGAAAACGAUUGUGAAUAGCCAUGUGAUUGGAGCAUCAGUCGAUGACGCGACUAUACGCUUACGUCUUCCCGAUGAUCAACCAGUUACCUUCACCUUCUAUCACCUAAGAAGAGAUGGCGUCAGUAAUCCUAGAUGUGUUUAUUGGGAUUUAAACGUAAAAAAAUGGAGUACAAACGGUUGUGAAAUCAUUUCAACGAAUAAUGAAACUACGAAGUGUGCGUGCAACCAUCUCACAAGUUUCGCCAUACUAAUGGAUGUCUCCGGUAAGGUGUCCCAAUAUUCGGGCGCCAUUGCUUCGGCUCUGGACGUUGUGUCGAUCAUAGGCUGCUCACUUUCUAUUGUAUGUCUAACUAUGUCGCUAUUUGUGUUCACGUUUUUCAGUUCGCUCUACAGUGUUCGAAAUGCAAUUCAUCGUAAUCUUUGCUUGACUCUCAUAUUUUCGGAGCUGAUAUUUGUAAUGGGAAUCGAUCGUACCCAGAGCCAUGUGGGUUGUUCCAUCGUUGCUUUACUACUACACUACUUUUUUCUAGUCGCGUUUUGCUGGAUGCUUCUCGAAGGCUAUCAACUUUACUUAAUGCUCAUUCAGGUUUUCGAGCCGGACAAAACUCGAAUGCUCCUUUACUACAUGUUCUCGUACGGUCUUCCAGCUGUUGUCGUAGCAGUGUCAGCCGGUGUCGCCUGGCACAACUAUGGCACUAACGAGUAUUGCUGGAUUAACACCUCUACACCUACUCUAUGGGCUUUCAUUGGACCUGUUGCAGUUGUUAUUGUGAUAAAUGUGAUCUUUCUGGCAGUCGCAUUGAAGGUGGUACUUUCGGUGAAAAGCCGUGAUCGUAACAGAAGUGAUCGUGUCGUUGGUUGGCUGAAGGGUUCUGCAACUCUUCUUUGUCUUCUUGGUGUAACUUGGAUUUUCGGAUUUCUAACAGUGGUUAAUGCUACGGGCGGUGUAGUUUUCGCAUGGAUUUUCACCAUUUUGAACUGUUCGCAGGGAGUAUUUAUCUUUAUUCUACACGUAGUAAUGAACGAGAAAGUUUCCAUCGUAAACUUGAUGUUUAAUAGCGGUUAUGACUUUAUUUUUUUGGAACUUGUGAAUCAACUUGGUUCUAUCUUCAGAGAAUGCAUCAGUAGUCGUCAUCGAAUCAUGAAUAUCGUAAAGGCGAACUAUCACAGUGGCAGCACUCCAGACACCGCAAGUACGGACGAUAAAGAAAAGCAGCUUACACCUAUUAGUAAGAUUUUACGAUUUUUUGUUAAUUCUUCUCUAUUCCACAACAUUGAGUGUGUUCGGUCCAAAAUAAUGCCAAGGAGAGGGGGGAAGUUGUUUUUUGAUUUCAGUAGCUCGCAAAUGAGUGCACAUAGGGAAUCGGUGGAGAAGCAUGCGCCAGUGAAGCGAAAAAAGUUCCCACUCGGAGCAAGCGAAUACGAGAGAGGUUCUAAGCAUGUAAUAGUGGAACGCUUUUAG